UUGAAGAUCAUGAAGAUGCAUCGAAUUAACACCAAAUUGGUCCCUGUGAAGAUACAUUAUUUCAUCUUUAUGGCAGGUUUAGCUUGUGCCCUUCCAUUCCGAACAGUAUUUGCGAAGCAGUUGGGAAUUUCUGCUACAGCAGUUGGAGUAAUCUUCCUCGCAGUACCUUUUCUAAAAAUUAUUACUAAUCCACUUUUUGGCUUCAUAUUGGAUUAUUUCAAAAAAUUUCGCCUAACCAUUGCAGUACUUUUACUUAUUGUUGCAAUUUCGCAUAUAGCUAUGGUAUUUAUCCCUCCUGUGUCUCCCGAGAAAGCUGAGAAUUCAGCAAGCAUAAGGUUAAGUGCUAAACUAGUUUCUAUUCCUCACAUAAAUACGUCGAAGAAAUCUGAAAAUCUACCAAUUAUUCUUCAACGUAUGUUGAAUGCAUCCAAAAUCGAAGAUAAUCCUGCUAAUGAACGUAAAGACGGAUUACGAUUUUUCAAAGUAAAAGAAUACGAAAUAAAUUUGAGGACUAGUGAAAAACAUAUUGAAAGCUUCAUGGAAGUAUACCCCUGCAAAGAUGAAUUUGAAUGUGUGUCUACACAAUGUAUUUCGAAGUACCCUGAUAAAGGAAUUCUUGUUGAAAUACAAAGAGAUGAAUUUGUUACGGUACAGUUCUGGGGCAUAUUCCUUCUAAUGGCACUAUCUAGCGUCACUUUCUGUGCUGUGAUGUUUCUGAUGGAUACAAUAUGUUACGAGAUGCUUUACGACACAAACGAAACAUACGGAGUGCAACGUUUAUGGGGUACUAUUGGUUGGGGCUUGGGUGCAUUAGCUGGUGGCUAUUUGAAUCAAAUUAUUAGUCCCGACCCUUCAAACAUAGAUUAUGCUCCGAGUUUUUACCUUCUAGCCAUAGUGACAAUACUUGAUUUAGUUCCGUUAUACUUCAUAGAAGUUGGAAAUGUGAAAUAUUCUUCCAACAUAUGCAAAGACGUUGGCUUUCUGUUAUCCAAGCUUCAUGUUGUCAUAAACAUUGCGAUUGUGUUUAUGGUGGGAGUUCUUUCUGGGUUGAUAUGGAAUUACCAGUUUUGGUUUAUGGAAGAAAUUGGCGCCAGUCAAAUUCUCCUCGGACUGUCCCAGACAUUUGAAUGCCUGCUAGCCGAGUUACCAUGCUUUAUAGUUUCUGGAUGGAUCAUCAGGAAGCUAGGGUAUAACCACUGUAACAGCAUAACCUUUUUGUGCUUUGGUUUGCGGUAUUUAUGCUUCGCUUACAUGUACAAUCCAUGGAUGACUUUGCCACUUGCAUUGCUUCAUGGCCCAACUUUCGGACUCUUCUAUGCUUCUAUGAUCACGUAUGGCAAAAGUGAAGCUCCUCCUGGAACAGAAGCUACAGUUCAAGCUUUACUUUCAAUGUCUUUUGAAGGUGUAGCUAACAGGCAGCACUCAUAUAGAACCUACCACCAGGUUCAGCAGCGGCAGGAUGAGGAAAAGAAUUUACCUCCAGUGGGGGUGGAAGAAGAUUGGUGA